UCCAGAAACCCAUAGAAACAUCUCCACCCCUUCUCCUCCUCCCUCCCUCCCUCCCUUCAUAUAACCACCCAAAGUAAAAUAAAAUCUAGAAGAAACCAAGGAUCAGAACAAAACAUCAAACAGUUGGGACAGUUCAAUGAAGAUGUUGAAGAGAAAAGAAGUAGAUGAAGUCAGUGAUGAUUUCUCUGAUUUUUCCCUCUCCGCUCCUGCUCGUAAGAUUCGCCGUCUUGUACUGGGUGCUGAUUUACCGCCAAUAAUAGAGGAAGAAGAGGGAUCAACGGUGCCAGUUGGGUUUGUUGAAGAAGAAGAAGAAGGGACCGGUAGUAGUUUUAUUAGUAAAAGGAACAAGGGAGUGCAAAUUGAGGAAUUGAUCAUGCCGCCGCCAUCAUCAUCAUCAAUUUCUGAUAAUGAAGAGAGGGCUAUUGUCUUAUUCAAGCCUGUUAAUAACCUGCACAUGCUUCAUCAUUCUCCUAAUGAUUUCUCUGUUUCUCUUGAUUCCAACAUCAUUUCAGGCUUCAAAAAUCAGUUUCUAUGGUCAAGCCAAUCUGGUCAAGUAAAACCACCUGAAGAAGAAGAAGAAGCAGGAGCAAGAAGGGAUUAUAGCAUGGCUGUGGUGCCUUGGGUUCCUUCUCAAGCUCAGCAUGCUUUUGCAAUGAUGGAUAAUAAUGCUAGUGCUCCGCAAACUGAGGGUGUUGUGGAGUUGAUGGAUUUUGAGGAAAUGGGAGAGGCAACAAUGGACAUUGAAGAAGACAAUGAUACUAACAAUUAUAGUGAAAGUGUAGAGCUAGGGCAAGCACAAGGGAACCAGGCAUUUGGAUUUGGUGGAAUAAGAGCAGGGAAUGAUGGCUUCCCUCAGUGGUCCCAGCAACAUUGCAUGAUGCCACAGAUUGCUCAAAAUGCCAACCCAACUCCUAUUACUUGGUUCCAGUAAAGAAGGCUUGCUUGUUUUAUCAUUUGCCUCCAUUUUUUGCAGUGUUUUUCAUCUGGAAUGCAAUGGAAGUAGGGUCAGAAACUGGGGAAUGUAGAAUGUAUAUAUGAUGGAGUGGGGAGACUACUCGAAAGGGUUACUCUGGUUUUCUUGGCUAUUUUUGGGAACCCUCUUUUAUUUUGGUUCUUGGAGACAGAGUUCCUCGUAUGAGAAGACUCUUGAGGGUUUCUUUUUCAAGAUGAGAAGCUUAUUGUAAGAAGAAAGUUUAGAUGAAAUAGUAAAAUGGUGAAUGCUUUGGAAA